GCAGAAUGAUUGCACGUUAAACUUUUAACUACCUUCAUACAAUACUACUAAUGCCGUCUAUAGAUGUAAAAGAGAAAAAAUGGUACAUUAGGUUGAUUUCUUGCUUCAAACGACAGGAAAGGAACGAUAGUGAAGAUCGUGAUAAGUCUGUAUUCUUCUUUAAAGAUGAAUUUGAAUUGCGACUUCAUGAAGAAAAUCUUUUGUACAGAAGAAGUGGGUGUAAUGAUCACCCCGUUUUAAAUAUCGGUAUUGGGUUGACCACAGGUGAUUUGGGUGGGAAACCAUCAAAUUAUAGAUAUUACGGAAAUUACAGACAUCCUGGUAAACAUCUUUUCAUUCACCCUGGCUUUAAACAAGUGACCGAAGAAGUCUAUUAUGACGAACCAAUAAUAGAUGGUUUACCAGCAACAUUGUGGUUAGAGUGUAUUGAACCCACAUUAGAUAUAUUGUCAUCAUUGAGUCUUUUGAAACAUCGUAAAUCUAAUUUAGUCAUGAUGAAACCUCGUCCCACGAAGUCAGAUAGUCAUUACAGUCGUCAUGGUGAUUCUAUUAUUGGUGUUGUAGAAAUGUUAAGUAGAAGACUUAGUUCUGCUCUGAAUAGGCCACUAGGAGAAAUCCAGGAUACAGAUGGUGAUGAUAAUGCAGAUAUUACUCACCGGCAUCCAAACAGACGCAGACAUGAAAGAGAAGAAAGAGUUAUGUUGAAUAUAAACCAAUAUAGCAACCAUGAAGAUGCUGAAAUUGAAGAAGAAGAAAGAGUAUUAUUGAAUAUAAACCAAUAUAGCAACCAUGAAGAUGCUGAAAUUGAAGAAGAAGAAAGAGUAUUAUUGAAUAUAAACCAAUAUAGCAACCAUGAAGAUGCUGAAAUUGAAGAAGAAGAAAGAGUAUUGUUGAAUAUAAACCAAUAUAGCAACCAUGAAGAUGCUGAAAUUGAAGAAGAAGAAAGAGUAUUAUUGAAUAUAAAUCAAUAUAGAAACCAUGAAGAUGCUGAAAUUGAAGAAGAGGAAAGAGUAUUAUUGAAUAUAAACCAAUAUAGCAACCAUGAAGAUGCUGAAAUUGAAGAAGAUGAAAGAGUAUUGUUGAAUAUAAACCAAUAUAGCAACCAUGAAGAUGCUGAAAUUGAAGAAGAUGAAAGAGUAUUGUUGAAUAUAAACCAAUAUAGCAACCAUGAAGAUGCUGAAAUUGAAGAAGAUGAAAGAGUAUUGUUGAAUAUAAACCAAUAUAGCAACCAUGAAGAUGCUGAAAUUGAAGAAGAAGAAAGAGUAUUGUUGAAUAUAAACCAAUCUGCUAACCAUGAUGAUGACGUUACAGAAGUUCGGCGUGAAUCUAGUUCAUCUGUUCAACAAGAUAAUCUGAAUCCUGACAUCUCACCAUUGCUACAGCAGGAUGAUGAUGAUGAUGAUGAUGCCGUUUCAGUAGGCCAGCGUGAAUCUAGUUUAUCUGUUCAACAAGACAAUCUGAAUCCUGGCAUCUCAACAGUGGUACAUCAGGAUGAUGGUGAUGACCUGGGAGUAUACCAGUGUGAAUCCAAUUCAUCUGUUCAACGGGAUAAUCUGAGUCCUGAAAUCCCAGCAAUGGCACAACAGGAUGAGGAUGAUGAUAACGAUGAUAUCGGUGGUGAUGACACUGCAGCAGGUCAGCGUGAAUUAUCUGUUCAACAUGAUAAUCUGAAUCCGGACAUCCUUGAAGUGGUUCUUAGUGAUGAUGAUGUUGAUGGUGAUUUUGUUCUAGAGGAUCUAGAGAGCCUAGAUGAAUGGGAAUUACCAGCAAAGUACAAUCCAACUUCAAGAGAUUCUGACAGAGAAGAAGAGAGAGAAAACAGCAUUGAAAGGAACACAGCAACAGGUGAUAGUUGUAGUGUACAGAACCUUUCCAGAUCUCGAAAAAAGUCAAAACGCAAAAGAGCAAUCAAACCACAUCCGCAUUUAUACUUUUGGAAACCAGAAAUUCGUCAGUUUGAGAAGAUGGAAUUGAGGAAUUAUUCAAUAAAUACCUUAAUGUUAUUUAAAUGUGGAGUAAAAUAUUAUUUUCAAGAAAAUGAUAAAAAUAAUGAGAAGGAACUUUGUAACCGUUUAACGUAUUUGUCCAGAAUGGAUUUCUUUACCAGAAGAUUAAUCCUGUCCUCAACUGAAGAUUUUUUCAACAGAUCGCCUACCCAAGAAAUUACCAGCCAAGAAAUAGAAAAUGCUAGGAGGUUCCUGCAACUUAAAGGUAUUUCACCAAAAUACGGUGCAUGUCAGUUGUCAGAGGCCCCAGAAGCAAUCUGUAUUGAAUCGCCGACACCAGAUGAAGGGUUUUUCAGAAGAAAAAUGAAUAAUGUUAGGCGAUUUUUUAGUCGCCCUCGAGUUGAAAGGAAUUGAUUUAUAAAUAUGUUUAAAGAUGGGUUCCCCUAUAAUACUUAUAUGAAUAGAAAGUAGAGGUGUUCUUAUGACUUGGAAAAUACCAGUUUGUCUCGCAUGUCCAUAAUUAAUGCAUAAUUAGCUAAAUUAGAAGAAAAUUACUAGCAGAAUUCAAAUGAGUGACCUAUCAAGAAAGGUCAAAAAAUCUUCUGUUUUUUUUUUGUUUAUCCAGACUGUACAUACAUGUAUAAUUAUAUGAAAUAAGAACAUAAUGAUAUGAUUAAGAAUACAUGAUAAUUUAUUAGAAACAUCAAUUUAUCAAAUAGUUUGCUUAAUUUGACGCUAAAAAAUAAAGAAACCCAUCUUUAAGUCUUUUAGUUAUUUUUCACGUUAUCUGUAGAAGUAAUUUUGGCCAUUUAUAUAGGUCGAAUAAAAUAUACAACCUCGA